CGAAACAUGAAUGAAAAAGAGGAGCCAAAUAUAAAUUCUUGGCUCUUCCCACAAUGGUGAGAAAAAGGACCCCAAUGCAACGACUACUGUAGACACAUCACAAGGCAACAAGGAUCUGCCGAAAAUGCAAGAUCUUUCUGUUGAAGAAUUAACUUCCAAAGAUGGGCUCACAUCUGAGGAAGCUUCCUCGCGUGUCGAAAAAUUCGGUUACAAUCGUCUUGAACAUAAGGAAGUCAACCCUAUUUUACAGUUCUUGGGCUUUAUGUGGAACCCUCUUUCAUGGGUAAUGGAAGCAGCUGCCCUUGUCGCCAUUGCAGUUUCCAAUGGUGGUGGAAGACCGCCCGACUGGGAAGACUUUAUCGGUAUCGUCCUUUUACUACUCGCUAAUUCCGUGAUUGGUUUUCUAGAAGAGCGUCAAGCAGGAAAUGCGGUCAAGUCACUUAUGGAAUCCUUAGCACCCGAAUGUAAAGUAAAACGCGACGGUGAAUGGAAGACAAUGGAGGCGGCUGAACUUGUUCCUGGCGAUAUUAUUUCAAUCAAAUUAGGCGAUGUUGUUCCUGCCGAUGGCCGUCUGACCGCUGCUCAUGGCCAGAUUUCAAUCGAUCAAGCAGCACUUACCGGUGAAUCGCUGCCUGUUGGUAAAGAUGCUGGAGACGAAGUCUUCUCAGGAUCAACUGUGAAGCAAGGAGAAGGUGAAGCUGUGGUCAUAGGCACAGGCGUCAAUACAUUUUUUGGCCGUGCUGCCAAAUUGGUAGGCGAUGCAGGCGAUGAUAUCGGUCACUUACAGACUAUUCUGGGUAAGAUUGGUAACUUCUGUCUCGUCAGCAUUGGCAUCUUUUUGGUGGUGGAAAUCUUGGUGAUGUAUGCUGCUUUCCGUUAUCAAUACCGUGAUGGUAUUGAUAAUUUACUCGUACUUUUGAUUGGUGGUAUUCCAAUCGCUAUGCCUACGGUACUUUCUGUCACACUGGCUAUCGGCGCCAAACAACUGGCGGAACACAAGGCUAUUAUAAGCCAACCAUCAAGACGUAUGGAGAAUUUGACGCUGAACAAAUUAUUCAGAUUGCAGCUUAUGCCUCUCGUACGGAGAACCAAGAUGCUAUCGACUUUUGUAUUGUUAACUCUCUUCCCGAUCCAAGCAAAGCACGUGAGGGAGUAGAAGAACUUGCCUUUGAACCUUUCAAUCCCACCAUUAAACGAACAGAAAUUACGUACAGAAAGGACGGUAAACUCUAUCGUGCCACCAAGGAGGAGUUUCAAGGAGACAAUGUGG